GCUCAGCAGGAGGUCACCAGCACCUCAGCCACUUCCGGGUUACAAAACAUCAACCAUGGAGAAGGAUAUUGCCCAGCUAACUGGCAGGUGGAGACAGGACCACUCCCAGGACGAAAACUAUGACGAGUUUCUUCGUGAACACGGUUUGUCGUGGUUCGGCCGCAUGAUGGUAAAGCUGUUCAAAAUCAGCCCUAUAGAAGAGUACAUCGUCAACGGAAACCAAAUAACCUACCGGCAGUACCAUCAGCAGAGGCCGGUGGCUGACAUGACUCUUACCAUUGGCCAACCACAAAACGUCCACAUGGAGGGGUUUGGCCACAUGGAGACGAGGGUGGAUUUGGACGAGUACGGCCGACUUGUGACACGGACGAAGAAGGGAAAUAGCGAAAUGGUAACCACCGGCCGUAUCGACAGCCAAGGACGACUGGAACUGUCAAUACUUCUCCCCUCAGGAAGAACUUGCCGGCGUGUUUUGCAGAGGGUGCAGUGAUGUCCUAAUGUCGCUAGGAGGCGGUGUGUACCAAGAAACCAUUUCAGCAUUCGGAGGCGAUCACUUGUAUGAAUCAAUUCAAUCUACCAGAUUAUACACUACAUUUCUGAUUUUCCAUACAGAUAGGCCAUAGAGGAAAUAGUUUUCUUUGUUAAGAUACGACUGUGAUUGAGUAGAUAAUAUUUUUACUUGAUAUAACUCUUGCAAAUGAGAAUUAUUUGUAUAUGAGAGGCAUCUACAAGUUGUAAAAGUUAACAUCAUUUGGUGGAGGUAUGGGAUCGUGGUACUCUAGUUAAUGUAAGGCCACGUUGAAUUGAUUAUAUGAAUGACAUCCUAUGGGAGUCUUAAAACAGAUGCGAGCGUGAUAAUAAAAAAAGUUCGGCAAGGAAAAGUUAAAAUCUAUGUGGUCAUGAAGGUAGAACAAAUGACUUAACACACAGAGUAUGGUAUGGCGAAAAAACAAACUCUUCAUUUUCAUUUCUUCACAUUUUCUUCUUUUCCUUUGGAAUUAGCAUUCUAUGACAGUAGUAUCGUUUUCCAAUAUUUCAAUAUUGCAAUUUACGGCAAAUAUUUGUUUUGCUCAUUUAGAUGCUUCUUUUUUGGAAACGGACGAAAUUUCAUGCGCGCGCGGAUGUCAUCCAUAGAAUCAAAACAACAUGGCCUAAUGUAUUAUGUAUAUAUUGUUAUUGCAUUGUAUUAUACCAUUGCAGUUGAAUUUAGUGUUAAACAGGACUUCGCGGAACUUAAGUUAAUGUUAUGUAUGUAAUGUUUAUGUGGAACUUAUUGCAUUGUAUUGUACCUGUUCUAUUGACCUUUAAA